CCCUUGUCCGGUCUUUCUAUUUUCACCGCCUCUCUCUCUCUCUCCGGUUUGUCCUCUCUACACGCUUCUCUUACCUAAUCUUCUUCUUCUCCGUCAAUCUCCGAACAUUAACGCUUUCAUCCAAUUCCGUAAUCUUGACUCCCAAGUCAACUCUCCGAUGAUUCCUCUCUAAAGCAUCAAAAUCCAAAUUCACAUUCGAAAAAGAUCAAUCACCAACAAUGGCAACCAGAUUGGGCACGCUCCAUUACGUAAUCGACCACAUAUACGGAGCCUUAAUGCACCGGACGAGGAUAUCGCCACCCUUCUUCUCGCGAGGAUGGGGUGGUCCCAAGCUAGAGCUCCUCGAGCGGAUGGCUAAACAGCUCUUCCCCAUGUAUCUCGAAGGCCAUAACUGUCCGCCACCACCGUUGGUCCGUCCUGUGUGGAGAACCGUCUGGGAGACGAAGACCGCUCGUCUCAGAGAAGGCGUUUUCCAGACUCCCUGCGACGACGAGCUUACCGCUGCUCUGCCUCCCGAGUCUCGCACUGCCAGAGUCGCUUGGCUUGUACCUAAAGACGUUCCUCCCCAGAAGAUGUCAUGUGUUGUUCAUCUCGCAGGCACAGGUGAUCAUACAUAUGACAGGAGAUUGCGUCUGGGUGGACCUUUGGUGAAGCAAAACAUUGCGACAAUGGUGCUGGAAAGCCCUUUCUAUGGACGAAGGCGUCCGUUUCUACAACGUGGAGCGAGGCUCCUCUGUGUUAGUGAUCUGCUUUUACUAGGGAGGGCAACGAUUGAAGAGUCUCGCGGUCUUAUUCACUGGCUAGAUGUGGAGGAAGGCUUUGGAAAGAUGGGUGUUUGUGGGCUUAGUAUGGGAGGAGUACAUGCAUCGAUGGUGGGAUCACUUCAUCCAACACCAGUUGCAACACUUCCCUUCCUAUCUCCGCACUCUGCAGUCGUUGCCUUCUGCGAAGGAAUACUAAAGUAUGGAACCGCUUGGGAGGCACUAAGGGAAGAACUCGCAGCACAGAAGAUCACAAUGACACUUGAUGAAGUGAGAGAGAGGAUGAGAACUGUUCUCUCCCUCACUGAUGUCACUCGCUUCCCUGUCCCCAAAAACCCCGAAGCUGUCAUCUUUGUUGCCGCAACUGAUGAUGGAUACAUACCGAAGCACUCUGUGUUGGAGCUUCAGAAGGCGUGGCCUGGUUCAGAAGUGAGAUGGGUUAGAGGGGGACACGUGUCCUCUUUUAUACUGCACAAUGAUGAGUUUCGCAAGGCGAUAGUGGACGGUCUCGAUAGAGUAGACUGGAAGGAGUCAUGGUGACUCAACAUUACAGAACACAAACUCCAUCUGCGUCUCACAACUUAUGUCUUUUAUGGGACCCCCCCGCUGUUAUAACUUGGUUUAGUGGUGUGAAUAAUUAAGCAUUUAUCUGUAUGAUAAUGUGUUAAUUAUCAAGUGAAUAUUAAGAAAGUUGUUGAGAUGUUUUCAAAAUCAGGUAA